AUGGCAGCCAGGAUGUCUGUGGAAAGCCUCCAGGAUAAAGCCUCCUGCUCCAUCUGCCUGGAACUUUUCCAGGACCCCGUGUCCAUCCACUGCGGGCACAGCUUUUGCCAGGCGUGCAUCACUCAGAACUGGGAAGGACUGACCACCAACUUCUCCUGCCCCCAGUGCAGGGAGACGGUGGAAGGAGGGGAGAACUUCUGCAAGGAGCACCAGGAAACCCUGAAGCUCUUCUGCGAAGAUGAAGAAAGGCUUAUUGGCGUGGUGUGCAACAGGUCCAAGGCUCACCAUAACCAUUCUGUGGUUCCCGUGGACGAGGCUGCCCAGCAGUACAAGCUUCUGAAAUUAGAGCAAGAGGCACUUCAAUCUUCCGUGGAGGAUAGAGAAGACAGAGUCCAGGACUAUGCUGUAGGCACCCAUCAGUUUUCCUUGGCAGAGGAUGGGGAAAGAGAGGAGGAACACCUCCUCUUCUUCUCUCCCAUCGAAGCUGAAAAGCAGAAGAUUGUGACCAAAUAUAAGCAGCUGCAGAAGUUCCUGGAGGAGCAGGAGUCCUUUUUGCUGGCCCAGCUGGACACAGGGAUAAUGAACACACAUGAAGAAAUCCUCACCAGGCUUUUGGAGGAGACCACAAGCCUGGGCACACUGGCUGGGGAGAUGGAGAAGAUAUGCCAGCAGCCAGGCUGUGAACUCCUGAAGCCUCCUGUGCCGCCGUUUCGUGGCGUUAGGGCUGGGGGUCGAUUUCCCCCGUUUGCAACGAGAAAACGGCCCAGCCAGGAGGAGGACCGUCCUCCUCUUCUUCCUGCAAAGUGA